UUCCUCCCACCUUCCUCCCACCUUCCUCCCACCUUCCUCCCAUUCCUCCCAUUCCUCCCAUUCCUCACAUUGCUCACAUUCCUCCCAUUCCUCCCGUUCCUCCCAUUCCUCCCAUUCCUCCCGACUGAAACCGUCCGCUACAAAAAGGUUCCUCCUCCCCUCCCUAUACUUCUCGUCAUUACAUAUCUUAUACAUAUCUUAUACAUAUAUUUUAUAUAUCCCGUACCUUUCAUCGGCCGUCGACUGCCAACUCCUUCCUUCCCGUCUGCAAUCAAAGCAAUCAAUCUGAAAAAAAAAAAAAAAAAAAAAAAAGAGUGGUGGCCACCCCUCCUCUCCCACCAGCCCGAUACCCGACCACCACACGACACUGCCUGGAAUUCUGGCCGCCGCCCUUAUUAUCCCUUCUUAUCCAAGGAAGAUCACCUCAUAGUAUCCUCGAGAAGCCCCCUACAGAGAGCUCGAGCGUCUUACGUGCAACAUCUAUCCCUUUACUUCUUAUCAUGAGCUGCAAUUCCCCUCGACUGGAUUCUCCUCUGUGGAGAGACCUUCAUACCCUGUCGCCAUCACGACCGAUAGUACCGACCACUCAACCCGCAAACCACCCAGCGUGCGACAACGCCGACGACGCUUACACAUAAAACCAAAAAAUGUCGUCCUCAUCCGACUCCUCAGACUGGGACUCCGAUGACUCCGACGACUCCCAACCAUCCACCCCGAACGUGCGGUUCGCGCGCCGACCCACGGUGCCCUCCUCACCACCCGAGACGCCCACCACCUCGUCCUUCCCGCUUGGCGAGCCUCUCCACCCCACCUCACGCCCCGGAAUGCGCAAUUUCUCAAGGCCCCUCCCGCCGACCCACGACGAGAUCCGCCCCGUCGGCCAAGGCCACAAUUUCACCUACAUCCCGCAAGUGCGCCUCGAGGACCUCUCCCCGCGCUCCUCCACCUCCUCCUCCUCGCGCUCCUCCCGCUCAAACAGCCCCGCCCCUUCCAUCGAUAGCGAGCACAUUAGCAUAACCCAGCACUCGGAGAUCCAAUCCCCGCUGCACCACAGCACGCGCAGCCUCAUCCCAGCGAACUUCAUCCUCUCCUCCCUCCACGACACAGACUCCAGCGACUCCGACGACGACGACCUCUCCGUCAUCCUCCCCGACCACUACAGCGACGCGGCCUCCUCGCGCGCCCCUUCGGAGCACUCCGAAACCUCCGAGCACUCCCCCCCCACCCCCGCCCCCGCCGACGCAAAAGCCACCCGCCUGGCCGACGAGUUCGAGCUCCUCGCCUGCGCACCCCGCGACGACCAUGACGCCUGGAUGAGCAAGCAGCGCCUGCUCAAGCGCAUGAAGCGGCUCAGCUCGGGGAGCAUACAUAAGCGCACGCUGAGCCAGAGUAUUGGCAGCGAGACGGACGAUGAGGAUAUCAAGCCGUAUGAUGCGAAUGAGAUUGGGGCCAGCGCGAGCGGGCUGCGGAGGCUGCGGAGGAAGACGGGAGAGCGCUUGAGUCUCAUCUUUGAUGAUCCGCCGCAGAGGAUUGUGGAGUGUGAGGAGCCGGAGAGUGGGGAGGAUGAGGUCGUCCAGGAGCGUAUCCCGGAUAUGGAGGAGAUGCUGAUGCUGGCGCUGCCGUAUUAUGAGAUGGAUACGGAUAUGGGGUACUGAAAAAAUGGAAACCCCCACUAUUGCCCGAGCCCUGGUGGCCUGACAACAAAAAAGCAUCCAAUCAAUGACCGUGCAAAGGAUUUUAUGGAGGAUUCUUAACGAAAAGUUACGGAUGGAUGGACGGAUGGGGGAAGUGGCGGUUAUGAUCUUGGGUUAGUUACGACAAUAGAAUGGGGUCUCUCGGCGGCGCAUUUUGGGAGGGGAAGGAAGGUAGGGUCCCCUCGACAUCAGCGAUUGUCGGGGGGCUUAUCGGAGGAGGCUUUGUCUAUUUGUUGUCGUUUUGAGUUUUUGUUUUGAGAGCAUAGCGGCAUAGCAUAUAGAACUUUGGGUAUAGAAGGAGCAUCUGGGAUUGAUACCUGGGUACACUAGUUAGACAGCAAUUGAGCGGCUUGAGUUUUUAUUUGCGUCUUGGAGGGGAGACUGCUUGUGCUGUGCAUGUGCUCGCUCUUUUUGAGCCAUGUCUGUUUUCAAGAGGCAAUUAUCAUUACAAUAACUCACAAUUACAAACUCCCGUUUUUGAG